AUGGCUGGGAUCGGUCCGUUGUCGCAGGACUGGGAACCCGUGGUGCUCCGCAAGAAGGCCCCAACCGCCGCCGCGAAGAAGGACGAGAAGGCCGUCAACGCCGCCCGCCGGAGCGGCGCUGAGAUUGAGACGCUGAAGAAAUGUAAAGCGAUCGUUAUCUCUAAAGUUCCUCGUUUCACAUAUCGCCGUUUAGGGCUUAGCCACCGCCUUCGAUUUUCAGGGCUCCGUAGUGUUCCCGUUUCGAUGAGUUUUCCUACGUUGAUCCGAUUAAUUGAACUUCGGCUUUAUUCUUUCGUUGCUGUACUGUGCGUCCGUCUAAUCAUAGGUAGGGAAAGGAGAGGGAAUUAGUCGUAGUAGAAAUUCUAUUCACUAAUACCGUGGCUUGCACGGAGAAUUGCUGGUAAAUCCCUCUCUCUACAUCGUACUGAAUAUAGCCGAAGACGAAGAUUUUUCUUUUGUAUGUCAUGGAGGAAAAUAGUGAGAAAACACUUCUCUUUUUCUCUCUCCUCGCUCCAUUAAGGGGAUUGAGAAGAGGUAUCCAGAGAGACAACAGACGGAAAAUAUGUAUCUCUUUAAAUAUCUUCUUCCCACAUUUUCCUCGUGUGUGUUCGUGUGUGUUUUAAACUUUAGAUCGGUUUUCCUUACAGUUCAGAAGUUAGUUUUUUGUUUUACCAUAGAUGAUGAUAUUCUACCUCAUUCAAAACGAUUCAGGUAGACUGUGGUUAAAUUUUCUGGCCUGCUUAUUUAAAAAAAAUCAGAACUGUUGACAAACUCAAUCGUCUCCGGAAACAUGAAUGUUAAUGUUUACGCCACAGAAUCUCCUCUACUCCUCUGGGAGAAGUUGUCCUUCAACAGAGUUAGCAAGCAUUCCAAUGGUAGCCAUUCUUGGAUCUUAGAAGUCAUUGGCUAGUGUUCAUGAGAAUAUUUAAGACUGAAUGAUAUAACGUUCAAUUAAUGGUUAUCAUUUUGUAUUAUUUUGUCUUCCACUGACUAAAAAUAAACUUGCGAAAAUAAGUACGCUGUCCUCACCUGUUCAUUCCACUCUGGGUUCUGGCUCAUGCCAUGAAUCAAGCAAUAUACUGUUCAAGCGGCUAUCUUUAGCAUAUUCAGUACGUGGCCUGCUAGUUCGCGGCCAAAUCUAUAUUUUGGCUUCAUGGAUACUUGAUAUGCUGUAGAUACUUAUGUUUUAUUGUCCUUGCAACUAAACUGGUACCAACAUUUGGGAUUUUUAAAAAAUCUUUUCCUCUUUUUUAGUCUAAAUCGAUGAACUGUAUACAAUUCUCGAUACAUUGGUUAGUUGCAUGUUAUUUUAUCGGUGGGUCCUUACUGUCGGCUAAUUGUUGCAGCAAAUGCUGGCACAAAUAAAGCUGCUUCAAGUAGCACCUCUUUGAAUACAAGGAAGCUAGAUGAAGAAACAGAAAAUCUCACUCGUGAGCUUCUCUCAACUUGUCACUCAUACUAAAUUUUUUUCCAGUUUUGCAUGCGCAUCCACACAUCUAUGUGAUUAUUCAAUAGUAAUGAUCAUACAAAGCCAUUAUGUGCUGCAUCCUGUUAAUUUUUUAACUGAAUCAAUGUGGAUUGAAUUAUUUAUUUCUUAUAUGUAUACAUGAUCAUCGGUUUCUUCUUAUUCUGACUGGUGCAUCAGACGAGAAGGUACCAUUAGAACUGAAGAAGAACAUCAUGCAAGCUCGAAUGGAUAAGAAAUUUACGCAGGCCCAACUUGCACAGGUAGACCUCUCUAAUUCAUCCUCCCACCCCCCUCCUCCUUGUCUAUCGUAUUCGGAUUGGCAUCUCUCAUCUGAGGAUCUAAAUUCUCUGAUCAGCUGAUCAACGAGAAACCUCAAGUGAUCCAAGAGUACGAGUCUGGGAAAGCCAUCCCAAACCAGCAAAUCAUCAUUAAAUUGGAGAGGGUUCUCGGCACAAAGUUGCGGGGCAAAAAAUGA